AUGCCCAAGGACGACUCCAAGGCGUUUCGCCACGAGGCGGGCGCCUCUGCUGGCAGCAACAACAACGACGACGACUCAAAAGACAAGCCCAAAAAGGUGCUCCGUGCCUGCGACGCCUGCCAUCACCGCCGCGUCCGCUGCAAUCACGAAAACCCCUGCGACAACUGCCUCCGUCUCAACAUCAGCUGCACCUGGAUCAAGGCUUCCAAGGGCAAGCAGGCAUCCGGCAGACGCAUCGAUCUGCUGCGCAAGGGACACAACCCCGCCGCCGCUACCGACCUCGUCCCGUCGCCACCGGGCGCGAGGCUCCCCGCUGAGCAUGCCGCCAUCACCAAUCCAAGUCCGUCCGCAUCGCGCGCCAUCCUGCCUCCGCCGGGGCACUCGCAUCCGCAUCCACAUGCGCAUCCGCAUGCGCAUUCGCCCCGCCACUAUCCUCCGCCUCCCGCAGGCAGCGCCGCAAUGAGCCCGCCCGGCGUCCCUCCCAGCGCCAACUCUCCGUCCCAGAUCAUGGGCGGCUCCAGCCUCUACUCCCGCGACGGUCCCUCCGGCUCUCGCAACUCGUACGGAGGAUACGGCAGAUUCGAUGGCAGCUCCGCCGCUGGCCCUUCCGGUCCCGCCCAGCAGCCAUCACCGUCCUCCCACUGGUCUAGUCCCUCGGCACGCUCGCCAGCCCAUCGCUACCCCUCGCACGGCUCCUACGGCCAAUCAGACUAUCCGCCCUCACAUCUCGCCGCCUCUACCUCCUCUUCGAGCCACCAUGCUCCGCACCAGCCGUAUCAUUCGCCUUCGCAUUCAUACCCGUCGCACCAAAGCUUCCAGAACCCACCCCCACCACCUCACCACCAACGCCAGCCAUCGUCCGCCGCCGCCGGCGCUUCCGUAUCAACUUCCAACUUUGGCUUUGCUCCCUCCGAGACCUUCUCGGAGGGCUUAGGCGGCUCCUUCUCCGAGCUUGCCCCGGAUGUGGCUGCCAGCCUUCGCCUGCCGGACUUUGGCACCUCGCUCGCCGAUUCCUACCUCAAUCCGCACGACGGCGGCGGCGAGCGUAGGCGCAACGUCUUGCUCGACAUGAAUUCGGGCGGUCUCCCUCACGACGGCGGCUCAGGCAGCGCCGGAAACGGCAUGGGCGGAAACGCGAAUGGAUUUCACCAGCCCCACAACGCGUAUGGCAACGGCUCGUUCCAAGGACGCCAGACCUUCCUCGACGUGCUCGGUCAGAACAGCCAGAUGCUCGGCGGACCCUCCUCGACGCCCGGCUCGGUCACCUAUUCCGAGAGCGACGCCAACGAGGCGCACCCGCUCUCCGACUCGGUGCUCAUCCCCAACAUCGCCGUCUUCUUUGAACGCCUCCAGUCCAUCAUGCCCGUCUUCACACGCGCCUGGGUCUUUGACAAGAUCGACCGCGGCGAGCAUCGCACCGACCCGCAGCUCGGCGCCAUGCUGAUCGCCCUCUCGGCGUUUGCGCUGUGCCAGCCCGUCGACUCGACCGACCCCGUGGACAGCUCGUCGCGCAAGCGCAAGGUGCGCCGCCUGCUCGAGGAGUCGGUCAAGAUGCGCAACAGCGCGCUGCUCGGCAGCCAUCCGUCGCUCGAGGCCAUCAUGUGCUCCUUCUUCAUCUUUGGCACGCUCUUUGGUCUGGGCGAGGAGAAUGCGGCGUGGUUCCGGCUGCGCGAGGCGGUGACGCUCGGAUACCUGCUGCGCAUCCACGAGACCUCGUCGUACGAGAACCUGGACAAGGACGAACAGGAGCGCCGCCUGCGUGCCUACCUGCUGCUCGCCAUCACGGAGCGUGCCUAUGCGAUCCAGUCCGGAUCGUCCAUCACGUUCAGAGGCAAUCCCAGGAAGGCGACCGACUCGAUCCGCAGAAAGUUCGACGUGGCCCAGCUGCAAGACUUUCCCAACCUGCAGAGUCGGCUGUUUGACGUGGUCGACGAAAAGUUUGUCGACUGCUGGAACCGCAAGUGCCCUGGGCCUGGAUGCGACUAUCUGGAUGCGCAACGAGCGGUGCAGCUGCACCGGGCGAUCAAGGAGAGCGACGAGGACGAGCAAAAGGAGAAGGAGUCGUUCCACCGCGAUCGCGCCAACACGGGGCCGAUGCGCAGGGACACCACGCACGGCGAGCGUAGGCACCAUCCGUACGCCAGCCACAUGGCCUCGGGCGCCAAAGCGGAGGAUACGCCGGGCGGUGGCGGUGGUGGUGCCUCGCAUUCCAAGUCGGAUUGGGACAAGAGCAAGGUGCAGAAGGCGGAUGUGGAAGUGACGCGCCAGUGGCUGCUGAACCGGUUGUGGAUGACGUGUCGCUCGCACGGUCUGCUGACGGCGGAUGCGGAGGAGGAGCCGCUGCGCAUCGACUAUGCCAUCGACAUUGCGCGCGAGACGCUGCGCGUGUGCAACUCGCUCUCGCUGCGGUCCAUGGAGGCGCACGGCAUCGGCCUCACGCGCAAGCUCAACGACAUUGCACAGACGCUCGUGAUCGUGUGUCGCGAUUAUCCCGCGAUUGCCAUGUCGGUGCCAUUCGAGGGCGAUCCGAUCAAGACGGACCCUACGCUCUUUGGACCGUAUUUCGGCCCUUCGCCACCCGACGCCAGCAGUGUCGGGCAGUACCAGAGCCCAGCGUCCAAUUCGGCCAUGGACGUGGCGACCGAUCAUCCGUCGACGUCUUCGACUGCACCAACCCUCGGCGGUGUGCCGCUCGACAAGGCCUUUUCGCCCAGCUACGCGAUCGAGGCCAUCUUGCACAAGUACCUCGACAUCUUUAAGCGCUUCCGCGGCGGCGACCAUCCUUACCUGCCACAGCUCGUACUGGCCGUCAAGGAGCUCCCCAAGAUGGCCGAACUCAGCUUCGACCGUUUCCUGCGCGAGAUGGGGCUGUUCUAG